UUGGUGCUGUCACAGCCAGGGAUGGUGACAGAAGAGGUCAGAUUGUCUAUGAGGUGGUUGGCGAAUAUCCGGGCGAUAAUUUCUUUGGAGUUAACAGCACAACUGGACAAGUUUACAUCAUAACCAAUCUUAUGGAUGAUGCUCUGGCUAGAUCUUUAUACACUAUCUACAUUGACGCCUAUGAUUCCCUCGUGCCUGACAACAGAGCAAGAACUCAAGUACAGAUUACAGUGCUUCGUAACCAAGGUUUCCCAGAGUUUGACAGAGCAAGCUACAAUGAGCAGAUAGACGAGUUCCAUCAGCUUGCUGUCAGUGUGGUCAAUAUAACAGCCCGCGACACACGUGAUAAUGACCAAAUCACUUACAGAAUGAUUGAUGGCUCUCUCAACCAAAUUAAUUCCAGUUCUUCUACAUUGAGCCAAGCACAGUUCCGUGUGAAGCGACAGAUGAUGGCCUCCCAGCCAGGUCCCGUGAUUUACAAGUGA